AUGCAAAAACACACUGUCUCCGCCGCGACCGAGGUCAUCAGAAACAUAGAUCUUCUAUGGGAGAUCCUUAUUCGGCUGUCGUUGAAAUCCCUUAUCCAAUCAAAGUGUGUUUCGAAGCGGUGGCUGACACUCAUCUCCGAUCAACAAUUCCGAGACGCUCACUCCAUUCACCAACACCGACACUACCCCACUUCCCUCAUUUUCUCCAACAUCUAUGAUAAACCAUCACAAAUUCUCUCCUUUACCACCGCCACCACAGUUCCAACACUCCGUGCUUUUGAACUCAAUUUCCCCAAUGAGCACGAUGAAGUCAUCGUUGUCCGUUCUUGCAAUGGUCUACUCCUUUGUCGUGGCUAUGGUCCCAAUUACUUCAUUUGCAACCCAAUCAACAGAAACUUCACCACUAUCACUCCAUGGAGGCCUGAAAGUAAGAGCAUUGACUUUUAUCUAGCUUUUGAUCCUUGCAUGUCGCCUGUCUAUAAAGUCAUUUCAGUUGCGCAACUGAAUUCACCGCUUCACUGGGUCUUCAAUGUAUAUUCCUUCAAAAUCGGUUUGCAGAUAGGCCUCGAUGUUACUAUAGAGAUCCCAUUUGAACUAGAUGCUGAUUAUGGGGUUUACUGCAAUGGUGCCAUUUAUUGGUGUUGGGGAAGUGAUUUCUCCGUGUAUUUUGAUAUUGAUACUCAAACCCUAAAAAAUUUCCCGAUGCCCUUGUCUUAUUUGGAAUGGGAGAACCAAUGUAUCGCGCAUUUUGGACAAUCUGCUGGGCAUUUGUACUUGAUCCUUUGUGAGGAAACUCCCAAUGUUGAAUUUGGAGAACUACCACCUUAUGAUAUUUUUGAGUUGAAGGAAGACCACUCUGGAUGGUUGUUGAGGCAUCGUGUUGAUCUUAAUCCCUUAUGA